CCUAAUUAUAUUGUUACCAACCUUGCUAAUAUUUGAAUUUAUUUAAUCAGUAUCAAGCCAAGCACUUCCAUCUGAAAUUCAGGAAAGACUUGUUGAUAGAAUUACUGGAAAGACCUCACAGGCCAUUGAUAACAAAGAUAUGACUUAUAUCUGGGACUUUGCUGGCCAGCAGCUGUACUACAUCACACAUCGAAUAUUCUUAACAAGCGAAGCAGUGUAUGUGGUUUUGUUCAAUUUGCUGGAAAGUAUGUACGACAAAGGGAAGAAAAGAAUCCAUAAGGGGGACAAAAAUGUGAUGACAUACGAUAUGACAAAUAUACAGAUCAUCAAAUACUGGAUGAGGUUGAUAUUUACGUACGCUGUCCCAGUUGAGUCACUGCAGCAGCAGCUACAAACCAAGAAACCUCAAAUUGCAGUAGUUGGUACCCACAGUGAGAGCCUACCUGGGACCGAUGAAGACAAGAACAAGAAGAUUGAAGAACAGUUUGCAAUAAUAUUUGAAGAAAUCAAAGGCACUCCUUAUGAAUGUCACGUGGUGAGGAAAAUGUAUGCCAUCGACAACAAGUUUCCAACACAAAGCAAAAUGCUGACAACACUUAAACAAGAUGUUGGUAGAUUUCUGAAAGCAAUGCCCAAAACCAUCCCACUGAAAUGGCUUGAAUUCCAGUAUAUUUUGCAGGAGAAUGGUAGGACAACACUGCGAAUGAGUUAUUCUAAGGUCUGUGAAGUCGCCACUAGCUGUGGAAUUUCCGUGAAGAAUCUGAUCCACACCCUCAACUACCUACAUGAUCUUGGAAUCAUUUUUGAGAUUAGCAAAGAUGAAUCUAGCUUUGAGGUCUUCUUGGAGUUAAUGAAGCAGUUUGGACUGCUCUGUGAGAAAAUCAAGAAUCAGGAAAGCAAACAUCGCUCGUUUUUUGUUCCCUGUCGAUUGAAACGGAGCAAAGACAAUGUGUCUAUUGAACAUGAUACAGCUCAGAUGGUAUCUAUCUAUAUGGCCUCCGAGGAUUUCAUCCCUGAUAGUGUCUUCCAUCCUCUGGUUGUGAGCUUGAUUGGAAUGGUACAAGACAUGGGCUACACAGCCAUGCUGCAAUUAUUUAGCAACUAUGCUAACAUCCACCUAGGACUUGAACACACUCUCAGCUUAGGACCAGUAGUCAUUAAUAACAAGCCCUCAUUGAAGCUGGAAAUAUUACGGGUGCCUAUCAUUCAGGAGGAUGGUACCAUAAGAGACAUCCUAGAGUCUGUAUGCAGGUAA